AUGAGGAGGAAUUGCAACUUAGAACUCUGCCUUUUUCCUCAAUACGUUUCUGAUAGCACUCACAAUCAAAACAAUCACAUGUUUGAAGAAGAAAAAGAUAGUGAUAAGAGUUCAAUGCAAAAUCAGCAACAGCCGCUGACUAUUUUCUACGAUGGCAAGAUGAGUGUUAUUGAUGUCACAGAGUUUCAGGCCAAAUCAAUCUUAAUGAUGGCAAAUAGAAAAGUGCAAGAAACAGUAAUGACACUAGAGUCAAAGGCAUCAAUACCAACAAUUGUACAAUCUCCACAUCAAUUGUAUAGCCCUGGACCUGGUCCUGCUCUUUCAAUGAGAUCUUCUUUGCAACGGUUUCUACAAAAGAGAAAAAAUAGGAUUCAACAAGCUUCUCCAUACAAUCAUUAGCAAAUUAGAAAAUGGGUCUUUCAAUAAAAAGAUCUUUG